AUGGAACUUUAAUAAUUGCUCUAUUCAAUUGUUGCACUCGCUAUUAAUAGCAGCCCCCUCACUUUUCCUUUCUCUCUUCUCCUAAAAAAUCUUCAAUUUCACCUUCAUUUUCCUAUUCAUUUUCCAUACUCGUGAAGAAAUCAACAAUGGCGGGCAGAAAAAUGCUUAUUGGUGGAGAAGAAAACCAGUCUAAUGUCGAAGACGAAGCUCAUUACGAUUUCGAUUUGUUCGUUAUCGGUGCCGGAAGCGGAGGUGUUCGUGCUGCUCGAUUUUCUGCAAAUUUUGGUGCUAAGGUUGGAAUUUGCGAGCUUCCAUUUCAUCCAAUAAGUUCGGAGGUUAUUGGAGGAGUUGGUGGAACAUGUGUAAUUCGUGGUUGUGUUCCCAAAAAAAUAUUGGUGUAUGGAGGUGCUUUUGGAGGUGAACUUGAGGAUGCAAAAAGCUUUGGUUGGGAGUUGAAUGAGAAGAUCGACUUCAACUGGAAAAAAUUGUUGCAGAAGAAGACAGAUGAGAUUAUCAGGCUCAAUAACAUUUACAAACGACUGCUGUCUAAUGCUGGGGUGAAACUAUACGAAGGUGAGGGCAGGAUAGUUGGUCCUAAUGAAGUCCAAGUGACACAAAUAGAUGGCACAAAGUUGUCAUACUCUGCAAAACAUAUAUUGAUUGCAACUGGUAGCCGGGCGCAACGUCCUAAUAUUCCUGGGCAGGAAUUGGCAAUAACUUCUGACGAGGCUUUAAGUUUGGAGGAAUUCCCCAAGCGCGUUGUUAUACUCGGAGGAGGGUACAUAUCUGUUGAAUUUGCAUCUAUAUGGCGUGGGAUGGGUGCCAAUGUAGAUCUUUGCUUCAGAAAGGAACUUCCCUUGAGAGGCUUUGAUGAUGAAAUGAGGGCUGCUGUUGCUAGAAAUCUGGAAGGUAGGGGAGUUCAAGUGCAUCCAAGGACAACUCUGACAGAGCUGGUGAAAACUGAUAGAGGUGUAAUGGCUCGUACUGAUCAUGGUGAAGAAAUUGAAGCUGAUGUUGUGCUCUUUGCUACUGGCCGUUCUCCAAACACAAAAAGGCUGAAUCUGGAAGCUGUAGGUGUAGAGCUUGACCAAACAGGAGCUGUUAAGGUUGACGAGUAUUCAAGAACAAGUGUACCAACCAUAUGGGCAAUUGGCGAUGUUACCAAUCGCAUGAACCUUACUCCUGUGGCUUUGAUGGAAGGAACUUGUUUCGCUAAAACUGUUUUUGGGGGCCAAAAUAUCAAACCAGACUACAAUUAUAUAGCAUGCGCUGUGUUCAGCAUUCCUCCUCUAGCUGUGGUGGGUCUUAGUGAAGAACAAGCUAUAGAGCAAGCCAAUGGUGAUAUUUUGGUCUUCACAUCAUCAUUCAACCCAAUGAAAAACACUAUUUCUCAGCGUCAAGAAAAGACUAUUAUGAAACUUGUUGUUGAUGCUGAGACAGAUAAAGUGCUUGGAGCAUCAAUGUGUGGCCCAGAUGCACCUGAAAUAAUGCAGGGAAUUGCUAUAGCACUGAAAUGUGGAGCAACAAAGGCACAAUUUGAUAGUACGGUGGGAAUACAUCCUUCUGCAGCAGAAGAAUUUGUGACAAUGAGGGAAGCUUCACGGCGUGUCCCUGGUGCUGGCAAGCCCAAGACUAAUCUUUGAAGGUGAUUUUUAUUAUACACAAGCUGUAUAUUAUAUACAGAGACGCCCUGUAGGUCAAGCUUUGCAAACCCUUUUUGGCUCGUUAAUUUUUAUCCAAUCUAGGGAUUUACCGAUGGUGCUUGGACAAUUUGUCAUCUUGGGAAAUUUGCAAUUGCACAGGAUUGCUACCUGAGUUCAUAGUAGUCAUAGAUCAUUGAACUUCUAUGGAUAAAACUGCCCAAUAAACAAAAGGGGGCUUGUAUAUACUAUUAUGUAUUUUUUUGUUAAACUAACACUUUAUUGUAUGAAGUUUCUGUACUUACUGUUUAUAGUAUUGUCUUUAUGCUUCUUAAA